AAGCUGAUGAAUUGGUUUGUCGCAGUUGCCACUGACCGAAGGACGGAUGAGUUGCAUUCAGUAGCUUUUGUUGCAUUCGCAGUGAUACAGUAAUUGCGUAUCUUUCACAUCUUGCACAUGUGCGCAAAUAUUAUGUUUAUUUGAUCUACUAUCACAAAAACAUGAUAUUCUGAUAGUGGUUCAAGAAGCGGAAGGGAGUAUGUCUUUAGUCAUUAUUUGGAAGGAGAUUUGAGUCAUAUUUCGAGCACGAAAUAGACACUUGGUAUACCAGUUCAUUGAAUUCAACUCGUCUGUGUGUGAGUAGCUUUGCGUCAGCCAAUCAACAUGCAAUCGCUCAGCCGCUGGUUGCGAGGUUGCGCGUAUGACUAAUCAACAAGUUAGUUGAUCAACGCAGCAAAACACGACUGCGAUUCAAUCACUCGAUACAGAACAAUUCACGAAUUCAGCAUGAUCAUCAACAAUUAACACUGUUUCCUACACUAAAUCACACGUGAGAAUUACUCUGUGAGGCUAUACCUUUUCGGAACACCUGGUCAUCUAUUUAUAUGGAGGAAUAUUAUUCAAAAAUAGAAUUCUAACUAGGAAUUGCUGUUCAAGUCACCUUAUCAAUAAUAUACAGUAAACGAUGUGAUAACGUAUCUACAAUCUAGCGAUUUUGCAAGUAUAAAACUGAUAGCAGUUGGGGUUUGCUUGCUGAACGUGAAAGUGAACAAUGUGGAAAUAAGUACUUUGUGGAAUAUUUAUAAUGAGUGCCCCAGUGCCAGCCCCAAGGAGUAAUCCUGGAGGAAAGAGACCAAUCCCAGCACCACGCACAUUGGUACCCGUGCGAAUCGAAGAAGAAUCGAACGAAAACGAAACAAAUACUAAUCCAGCAGUUCAGUCAACUGAAGGUAAAAAUACAUUUAGAAGAAAAGUACAAACCAUAAGCAAUGAUAUUGGUGGCAGGGUGAAUGAGGGGAAAAAAGCUGUUAUUGAAUCAACCAGGCAGAGCGUUCGUAAAAUAACUCGUCGUUUUACAAAUAAUUUUACAGAGCCCUCUGAAGAUGCAAAAACAGAAACUAAUGAAGUUGAAUCCUUGGAUGUGUUUAACAUCUCUUUUGAUUCACCAAUAAGAUCAAGUGACACAGAAUCAGUGUAUUCCAAUGUUACAAAUAAUAACAAUGGCAAUAAUAAGAGAGUUCAAAGGAGUGUAAUACCUGCUGCAUUUGAAGAUGAUGAUGAUGACUCACCUCCUCCACCUUAUCCUCCACCAGCCUUGCCUGAUGACACUUAUGAUGUACCUUCAGUGGCAUCAGGUGAGACAACCAGCUCAGAAGAGACUCGUGGUAGAUCCAGGGGGCAUGUUAACUAUGAGAGUGUGUUUCCAACUUAUCCCUACAAUAGUGAUUCAGAUAGCUGUGUUGAUAUGACAGCAGGUACUAUUGAUAACAGGGUUGGGAUGAACAGGUCUGAAUCUUGGAACUUUUAUGAUACAGCUCAGAAAGACAGGCCUAAAGAAGAACCUACUUAUAAUAAUGUUGAUGGUACACCUACCAUGUCCACUACUUCUACCAGUGAGAGAACCAGUUUCAUUCGAGCAAAUUCUUUGUAUGAAAAUUGUGAUAUUAUGCCGAUAGUUCGCAGUCCACCAACGAAAAGUGUACUGAUAGAGUUUGAUCCGUUAUCGAACGAAGCUGGUGGUAUGACACUAGCUGAAGAAUUGAGUGAGUUAGAGAAAGCCCUACAAGGUGAUUUGCAUGGCUCGUUUAACUUGGAUAAUUUGUCUAUAUUUGACGAUAUGAGUGAGACGGAUGAAACAUAUAUCAGUCCACCACCGCCGCCUCCACCAGAGCGAUCAGAUUCUCUAUUUGACAACGAUCAGGCUUCUGCGCCAUCGUCACCCAAACCAGAGUUGCGAUCAAAGAUUAAUAAAGAAAUUGGUGGUUCUACAAGUAAAACUAGCUGGUACUUAGGUAAUCAGAGUAACCAGAGCAAAGAAAGUGCUGGUGCUGCUCUAGAAACUAAAACCACGGAAUCCAUUUCACAAAUGUUAAUGAAACGAAUCAAACCACUUGUAAACAAAGCAGAGUCACUAAAAAAUCAGUUUUCAAAGAAGGAUAAUGUGGUCGCCCGGCCAAUGAUACAGAUUAAACGCGGCAUUCAGCAGAAGGGGAUGUUGUUCAGAAUUACGAAAGGACCAGUGGAUGAAUUGUUCGGUGAAUUGAAUGCUCGAUGGUGUGUUUUGCAACCUGGCGCAUUGCUUUGUCAUGCCGAUAAUAGUUGUGACACUAUCAAAGAGAACAUUUCGAUUGAGUCGAUUUUGAGCAUACAAAUAGUGCAGGACCAGAAAAUGAAAUAUAAGCAUGACGAAGGCGAAAUAUUCUGUUUCGAAUUAAACGUUGCUGGGAAGUUGCGUGUAAAAUAUGUGUUUGGAACUAAAAGUAAGUCAGAGCGACGUGUUUGGAUGCAGAACUUAGCAGAGAACAUGUGCUAUCGGUUUGGCUCUCGUGUCACAAGUGAUUACAAACGUAUUGGUUGGUGCUACUACAAAGCCGGUGUCAAUGGACAAUGGAAAGGCGUUUGGAUUUGUUUAGCGCGCCGAAAAUUAUAUUAUUUACAGGACACGACGCUCAAACAUUUUGAUCUCCGUAAAGCUCGCUGCUUUAAGUUAGAACCUUACGUCCCUGAGACAUCUCCAAGCACAUCAGACAAAGGGCCAAAUAUUGUCAUUCAUUUCACCACUGAAACUUACUAUUUUCGGAUGUGGACUCAGCGCGAGACGAAGGUCUGGUGCCACAUUAUUAAACUGGCUGCCAGUGACAACGGUCCCAAUUUAAAUCAGCAGCAAUUAACAAAGGACGAUGUGCCAGUGAUCGUUGCGAAGUGCAUUAACUUCUUGUACGUGUAUGGCAGUAUGACUGAAGGGAUUUAUCGCAAAGCUGGCAGUAACACGACCGUCAGUGAAUUAAUGAAUAAGUUUCGCACUGACGCAUGGAGCGUUCAACUCACCGAUAAGUAUUCGUCACAUGACGUGGCGAAUGUUCUGAAACGGUUCUUUAGGGAACUUGCCGAGCCGUUAAUCGAUAACAGUAAACGGCAAUAUCUCUAUCAAGUAUCAUUGGUUAAAAAUGAGGAUGAAAGGGUGCGCAUGUACAAAGCGAUGUUUGAUCAGUUCGACAAGAUUACUUUCAACACCUGCAGAAAAUUGCUGAGUCAUUUGCAUUUUAUUAGCACUCAGAGUAAUAAGAACAUGAUGACUGUUCUUAACUUGGCAGCCAUUUGGGGACCCACCUUAUUACAUGAUUCCAUUGAAGAGGGUAACAAGGCCCGUGUAAUUAUCAUGCAAUUGAUUGAAUUGUCCAAACACAUUUUCCCUGAAGAUCUAGUUGAGAGAGAAAAGGAAAAUAAAAUGUUAAAUGUUCUCAAAAAGUACUCAAACUCACCACAAGGUCCUGUGAAUGUAAAAUCAGCAGGUGAUUUUCGAGUAUGGGUAUAUCUCUACAAUAAAGAUGGAAAAGAUUUUAACAUUGCGGUUGGUCCUAAUAAAACUGCAUAUGACAUACUCUGUGAGCUAAGUGGUCAAGUUAAUCUACUAGUUCAUGAGUUGGUAUUAGAGGAACUGGUUUUAAAUGAUAAUUUGACCAGACCGAUUCACCAUAGUGAAAAGGUCUUGGAUGUUGUCAUGAAGUGGGGCUUCUGGAAAGAUUCUGAUUGUAAAGACAAUUGCUUAAUUUUGAAUAACAUUUCAAAAUAUUGGGAAUAUCUUAAUGAUAAUAAUGAACCUCUUAGCGCCGAAUUGAAAUACGCUGAUAACAAGACGAGAUCGCUAAAAUCGUACAAGUUUGAAUUCCAACAGGCAAAACUCACUUAUUACAAAGAGCGACAAACGAACAAUAUGUUAGGUCAGUGGAAUAUUGAAGAUAUCUUCAUUUAUUUUGGUAGUGAGCCGAAACGUAACUCGCCGUUUGCCAUUACGUUCUUUCCACGCAGUGAAUAUCCGGUGCGCAACAAGAUGCACAUGUAUUUUGGGCACGUUAUAGCUUUCCCAGAUCCGACGAUGAAAGCUAGAUGGAUUUCAACAAUGUGGCGGGCGGAGCAUCAUAGCAAUUUGACGCCACCACCCCAGCACGUUAAUUUAAUGUCUUCCUGAUGCUGCAAUGGUACUUAUUUUGUAGCGUUAAUCACGUCGACCAACUUUAUCACCUUUACGUGCCAUUGUAAUGGUUUUAAUCAAACAAUAUUUGUUAUAGCUGUGAAUCCACCUAAGUAUUAAGUAUUUUACCAUUUUAAGACCAUUUUUAUAUUAGUAUCCCAUUUUAAGUAAUUGUGUGAUUUUAUCGAGAAAUUAUAAAGGACAUUUGAUUGUUGUAAAUUGCAUAGAGCAUUUAUACAUAUAUUUACAAAUAUGUAUUUAUUGGAUUGAUUUGUACCAUAGUUAUACUUGUUUUAGUAUUGCAAACAAGUAUGCACCCAAUUUUUUAAGUCUGAGAUUUAUUGCAAUGUUACAAAGUUUACCUAUUUAACUUUGGUAUGAAAUUAUGCCUACGUUAUAAGUAUAUUAAAAUAAAUAUAUUAUGAUAAACACAGUAAAA